CUGCUUGGGAGUGUGGAAGCAAUGGAGAACACGCCGGGUGGAGAGGGGUCGGGCUGAUCCCCCCCUCCCGGACCGCAAGAAGAAAGGGAUUAUUGGGAGGACGAAGACAGGAUUCGGAGUUUACUGACGAUGUGCUUUGACGACGGGGUCUACCCGGCGGAGAUAGAUCCGGGGGAAAUGGUAGUGGAGGGAAGAGAAGUAAGAUUUAAGCUGAACACAUCCUUGGACGAGAUCAAGGUGAAGUGGCUUAAGGAGCGCACCGUGACUGUGAUUUUCAAGGAGGCUGCUAGGUUUCUGGCAAGGAACAUCAAGGAUGAUUUGGUUCGGGCAUUCGAAGACGGGUGGAUCAUGGGGAAUAGUACCUUGCAGCACAACAAUCGAAGGGGAAGGUUAAAGAUCGAGGGCCCAGGGGUGGCCUCGUACGUGGCCAAAACAAGGGAGGUUGCCGAUUUUAUCAAGACAGAAGGGCAGGUAGAGAUAACCCUUGGUUCGGAAACGUAUAAAGUUUUAUUUAAGCCCUGGAUGACCAGGGCAGAAUUCAGGGAGGAAAGAAGGCAGGAGGAGGAGAGAUCAUUCUGGGUUAUGGCGCUGCAGGUUCCAUUGGACGACAUGCCCUUUAUUUAUGCACAAAUAGAGAAGGCUAUUGGGAGGAUUGUUUUGGCACACCCAACGGACGCAUACCCUGCAAGACCAGCUCUGGUCAACGCGUGGUUCGAUUUGGAGUUGGAUGCUCGGAUACCCCCAAGUGUAGGAUCUGCAGACAAUUUUUUCACGAAGAGCAAGAUUGCAGACGUGGAGGAGGAGCACAACAUCGAAGACCCGGUCCAACUCAAUCAGGCUCGAUUCCAGCGCAGCAACAGGGACCAGUGGCAUCAUCGAGUGCUGCCAAUCCAGGUCGAAGUUAUCAAGGCCCAGAAGGAUAAGUUUGCUACACAGGCGGAAUGGUGGGGGGUGGGCUCGAGAAUCUUGAGUAAUCUACUCAAUGUAUUCUCGCGGAUCCUCGCGCAGAACAGGAACAAGGAGGAGAGGAGGCUUCGGAAGAAGGUUCAACAGGCGGAACAGAAGAUGAAACAACACCCCAUUUCAGAACUGACUUGGGGCAAAGAGAGGGUCAGAAGAUUAGCAGAGUGGGAUCAGAAGCAGCAGGAGGAGUCCGAACUCUGGACAGAAAGGACGAAGGUGAAGGGAAUGGCAGUUUAUGUCAGGAUGACCAGGGAGACCUUUCAAAGACUGGCUCCGGCCAGAUCAGGACCAACCAUGAAGGAGUUAAAACAUCCCUUCGAUACAAGUGAACCGGUGGCGUCGCGUCCUCAAGAUAUUUGCAAUUACGCAGUGGCCUGCUACAAGGAUAUCAUGACCUCAAGAAGACUGGGCGAAGGAGCAAACACAGAUCUGUUACAAGGCUCUGCUCAUUGGGACAACACUACAGUGAGGCUGUCCAGGCAAGGCCGUCUGGACCUAGAUCGACCAGUCACAAAGGAAGAGGUGGGGGAGGCUUUCAGAGUGAUGGCAGGUGGAAAGACCCCGGGGAAUGAUGGCCUCCCCGUGGAGUUCUACAGGGACCACUGGGAGGUGAUGAGGGAAGACCUAACGGAAAUAUACAAUGAAAUUCAGUUGGGAGGUAAUCUCCCGGUGAGUGCAUUGGAGGUUCUGGAAGUGGUGAGCAGGGAUGAGAUGGAUAUGUCGGUCCUACUCCUAGAUAUGGAGAAGGCGUACGACCUUGUGAACUGGUCGUACGUGCUGACUUCCCUUAGAAGGAUGGGGUUCGGAGAAGUCUUUUGCACCUGGGUGGUAGCCCUGUACUCUCACUCAGCUGCGUCGGUUAUGGUAAAUGGGCAUAUCUUCCAACCAUUUCAGUUGACCCAAUCCUUGCGGCAGGGCUUCCCUUUGACUCCCCUUCUGUUUGUUGUUCACUUGGAGAUCUUGUUGAACAAUGUUAGGAACAACACUCAGAUUGUAGGCUUGGAGGUUGGUUGCCGACCAUGCAAGGUCAAAGCGCCUGCGGACGACCUGUUCGCAGUUUCUGUUAAUAGUCAGAGCUCAAUGUCCGCUCUGAGGCUCUGUCUCCGACAGUACGAGACAUUGUCAGAAGCAGCAAUUAACUGGUCGAAGUCUGUAUAUCUUUUACCGGAGAAGUACGCACCGGCUGUAGACUGGGGAAUGAAGAGAGUAAAGCCUCAAGAGUCUGAGCGUUUCCUUGGCGUCCAAAUUGCCCUUACCUCUUGUGUGCUGAGGCAAGAGGAGAUCCUUCAGUCCAAAGUUUCGCAGAAGCUGUCCAACUGGGGGACAGCUGCACACAUUUCGUUGUUCGGAAGAGCCCUUGUAGUCAACGUAGCCUUGCUUGCCCUUCUCACGUAUGUAGGGAACGUCCGUCCAAUCAGCAAGAAGACUCAAGCGGUGGUUAAAAGGAAGGCGACAAAAUUCGUAUGGAGACCGCGCGCAGAAGAAGGGGAGGCCGCAAUGUCUAAGGUCACGUGGGAUCUGAUUUGCGCCCCAAGACAUGCAGGGGGACUGGGAAUGGUGGAUCCGGGCAGAAGGAAUCAGGCCUUGCUGGCAAGAUGGGUCCUGAGAGCGAUAAUGGAGGAGAAAGAAAAGCAUUGGAUUCUGCUAGCGGAGGUAAUCCUCAGCAGGGAAUGGCAGUUGUCCCGGGCAGAGGAUGUCUGGGCGUGUGUAUGGAUUGAAUCCUACCUGAGAAGGAGGAUCAAAUCGGAAUUUUGGGGGGCGGUACUGCAAGCAUGGCGGGCGGUCAAACCCGAUAUGUUGAGCGAGCCUCAGACCAAACAGGAAGUGCUAGAACAGAUUUUGUUCGAAAACCCUCGCAUCAGAGGCCCUGAUGGCAUGACCCUCAAAGCGAAUGGAGACUCAGGCAGCUUCGGCAGGGCAUGGAUGGAACGGGGAGUGGUAAGAAUACGGAAUAUGUGGGAUAAAUUUAGCGGUUGUUGGCUCAACGAGGAGGUUUUGCGGGGGAAGUUGUUCCCCUGUAAAUUUACCAAACUGAGAAAGACGCAGAUCUUGGAGGCCAUACCAGAGGAAUGGCUACUGGUUUUCUCCCCUUCUUACCCGGACCCAACAGGAACUUGGUAUGAACAGCUUGCUGCAGAAGAAGCAGAAGCAGGUGCCCCAAGGAGAUUCCUUAAGAUUGUGGAGCAGUCGGAGGAUAAAUUCACGAUAGUCCCGAUAGGAAGGUUGGAGCAAGUCAGGGUGAGGGAGAGAGUGGAGGACGAUGGGGAGUGGAGAGUCUGGAUCUGGAAGGCAGGGAAGCCAAUCAAGCAGCUGAAAGCAGACCCAAAUCAAUGGGUGUGGAGGAGUAGAGGCCCUCACGGGGAACAUGUACGGCUUGACGAGUUCACAUUGAAUUUGGCGCAGGAAGUUUUGGCCCCACUGAGAACCCCCCUGAUGACGGCUUCCGAGAGGUGGAGUAGAAUACUGUCGGUGGACUCGCCAAGGAUCUCUCAUGCCUUAUCGAGCUGUUGGAAACAAAUCUCGGAUGCACCGAACCCAAGGGCUGCAGCGUUGUUAUGGCUGGAGUCGCUAUUGGCAACCCCAUCAGCCGUUUCGCUCAACAGUAGAGAAAUCCUAGUUGAGCUGCAGUGUAAGAGGUGCUCAUGGUCCUUUGAGUCGACCCCACACAUCUGGUGGGACUGUCCAGCGUCCAGGCGAAUCUGGGACUGGUGGGCGAAACAAUGGGGUGUCUGGACGGACCAUGUAAUGAAAUGGGACAGGGAUUGGGUCCUGUUAGGAGGUCUCCCAGAUAACAUCCAUGGGGAACGGGGCUGGGGGUAUGUGGCGUAGGCCAUUAGGGCGAUUGGCUUUUGGGUCAUAUGGACAGAAAGGAAUCAUUCUGUGUUUGAAAGAAAAAUCAUGCCGGACCCAGAAAUCAAAGCUACGUUCAAAC